CGACUCGUACCUUUUGGUAUCUCAAAAAGCAAUCUUACUACGCGUAGUUUUUUAAUAUCAAUCAUAAUGAACGAGACCUUUGACUUUUCUUCUUAUUGAAUGAGCUGGUCAAUCGGCUGGUUUACUUUUCGUCGGUUGAGAGAUCCAUAAGAAGAAGACAAACUGUUUCAACUUCUCUGUCUGAAUAAUUACCACAAGUCCAGAAGCUUUUUUGUUUUGUUUUUGUGUUCGAGAAGCAUAGAGUUUUCCAGAAGCAAAGUUUGUUUUUUUCUCUCUGAUUUAAUACGAAAAGGUGUCUAGAUUCGUUGAAUUUCAUUAAGGGUUUUAAGAAGCUUCUUGCUUUCAUUACUAAACAGUGUUGGGUUUAAGAUAUUCCUCUCUCACUUUGUUAAAGUUCAAAGCUCUUUUUAUCUUUUGGUUCUUGAAGUUGAAGCUUAUAGUUGAUAACAAGAGUCUCUUUGUUCUGCUCUUGAAGCUACUAGAGAUGGAUGAGAGUAAUCAUGGAGGUUCAUCAAGCUCACUCCCACCAUUCCUCACCAAAACAUACGAGAUGGUUGAUGACUCCUCAUCUGAUUCAAUCGUCUCGUGGAGUCAGAGCAACCGAAGCUUCAUCGUUUGGAACCCACCAGAGUUUUCCAGAGACCUUCUUCCUAGAUUCUUCAAGCACAACAACUUCUCUAGCUUCAUCCGUCAGCUUAACACAUACGUAAGUGUCAAGUUAUCGCUCUGUUUCUCUUAACCUAAAUCAAAUAAUCUUCCUUGUGGUUCAAGUUUAGUUGGGACUUAUAUCUAUGUAGGGUUUUAGAAAAGCUGAUCCUGAGCAGUGGGAGUUUGCGAAUGAUGAUUUCGUGAGAGGUCAACCUCAUCUCAUGAAGAACAUUCAUAGACGCAAACCUGUUCACAGCCACUCUCUACCUAACCUCCAAGGUCAACAGAACCCGUUGACCGAUUCAGAACGGCAGAGAAUGAGUAACCAGAUCGAGAGACUGACCAAGGAGAAAGAAGGGUUGCUUCAAGAGUUACAUAAACAAGAGCAAGAACGAGAACUGUUUGAGCAACAAGUUAAGAUGCUAAAAGAUCAGUUACAACACAUGGAGAAGCGUCAGAAGACAAUGGCUUCUUACGUCUCUCAGGCGUUGGACAAACCAGAUCUUGCUCUGAACCUCUCCCCGUGUCUACCGGAGACGAACGAGAGGAAAAGAAGACUCCCUAGGAUGCUGGAAGAUAACCAGACAAGUGUUGUUGUGAGAGAGGAAGGUUCAACGAGCCAUUCAGAUGAAACAGAACAUCAGGUGGAACAGUUAGAGUCAUCAAUAGCGGUUUGGGAGAAUCUUGUAUCUGAUGAAUCUUGUGAGGGCAUGGAACAAUCAACAAGAAGCAUGAUGACACUUGAUGUGGAUGAAUCGUCUACUUGUCCUGAAAGCCCUCCUCUUUCUUGCAUACAGCUAAGUAUAGACAUAUGUCCUAAAUCUCCUCCUCCUUCUCCAAGGACCAUCGACAUGAACUCUGAGCCUGAUAUUUCAAAAGAACAGAACAUUGUUGCUCCUCCUCCUCCUCCUCCGGCAGCAGCAGGAGUGAAUGAUGUCUUCUGGCAGCAGUUUUUGACAGAGAAUCCUGGCUCAGCCGAGCAACGGCAAGGUCAACCAGAGAGGAAGGAAGAUAAAGCUGAAGAUCAAAGUGAGAAAUGUUGGUGGAAUUCGAAGAAUGUAAAUGCAAUUACAGAACAGCUUGGACAUCUGACUUCUUGAGAGAGAGCGAGAGUCAAUGAUCUCUAUUUUAGAUCUGUUUUUUAGUUUCUUGUAACAUAUGUUCGGUUCAUUGUAUUAGGUUAUAAACAUUUGAGUCGGGUUCUGCUUUUCAUUGUCGCAUGUAUGAUUAGGCAUGAGCACGGAUCAAAUAUCCAGGUUUUUGAGCGUAUUUGUGAUUGUUUCGUAUGUUAUGGAUAUAUAAUUUUCC